ACACCAUCAUCUCGACAUAAUGAGAAGAAUACUGAUGCUGCUACGGUAAUGCAAGUUAAAGGGCAUAAUGACAAACAAUUUCGAAGGGUUUCUGGUGCAAGGCUUCGAUCUGCCCAGAUUUGACGUCAAUACGCCAUUUUCUGUUUUGGAUAAAUUGACAGCUAAGCCUCACCUAAAAUCAAAGGAAGAAAAGCCAAUCACGAAACCCGGACCAGAAGAUCUCCAGCCACAGGAGCAAUCUGAUCAAAUACCAACGCUUCUUGGAGAUGAUGUUCUGCGAAGAUUUUUGUCGGGAAAGCGACCGGAAGGAAUGGAGCUAUUGCCCUACAAUGAAGAGGACUUGGAAACGUACGAUUUGAUGAGUACCGGGUUAGGAAAUAACUUACCUCAAUGGCCACGAAACCUCCAUGACCUGCAAGACAAAGACUUCGAGCUAGAGAAUGAUGGAUUGUCAGCCGUGCCACAGGUAUACCGAUCAAUAAGUAGACGCAAAGAGCAUACACAGAAUACAACUAGUCUGAUCAAGCCGAUACUUGCUUCGGACUUUGGCCCAGAGUUGGAACGCGAAAGUGACCUAGACCCUUCCGCAGAGGAACCAUCUACUGUUGAUGGAGUACAACCCAGCUCAUCUUCAAGUCUGCUUCCGUUUAGAAAGGCUAUGCUAGCAUCUCUCUUCACAGUGGCCCGCGGACAUUCAACUGAACAUUUCUUAUGGAACGAGGAGCGUAUGCUAUUCGAUCGAAAGAUAGGUGAAGAGUCUGUUAAGGAAGGUGGCACUGGCUUCAUCUUUGGGCUGAGUCAAGAAUCAGCCGCUUCUUUGGAAGAGAGAUUCUUGACUGUAGGUGCAUUGCAGAGACGAAUACGGUGGAGAACGGAGAAUAUUCGAUCUUCCAAGAAUGAUCAAGGCCUAAGCGUCACGCCGCCAGAGAUGUUUGCUUUGGCCGGUGCUCUUUCUGAUGUGAUCGAUUAUGUGGAGAAGCAACUCGGUGUACACGAACAGGAAAAUUCUCGGCAGGGACUUUUGCUGUGCUGGAAUGAGAUUGAAGACAUCGAAACGCUACUCAGGUGUUUGGCGUCGAUAUUGAAGUGCAAUAUCCAUCGGUCUCCACCUUUUCUGCCUAUCAUAGAGAGUUCUUCGAUCAACGUCUCAAAAUUGUCGGCGCAAAUUCUGUCGCUCGUCUAUGCACAAGUCAUUGCCGCCGUUGAGUCGUGUGCUCCAGCUUUGGUGACGGGAUCCUUGGAAUAUAUACUACAUAUCACAAGUCUAGGCUGGCGGAGAAGAGUGAUCAAUUGGAUCGGAUGGCCAUGCAAUCCAGAAGAAAAGAUGAUCGAUGAAGUUGAUACACAAAUGCGCAUGGGACGAGAAGAGAGACGUGUAGAUGGUGAAGAGUUGGUCAUAGGAUUGACUUCGUCCGCGAAUCGAUGUGAGCCUUGGGCAGGAAUGGAGGUGGAAUGGAGUUGGGACGAUCGCAGUGAGCUAGACGUUGGGUAUACUUUAAGACCCGUUCGAUUGCCUUCUUUCCUGCCAAUCGCGCAUGCUCGUGAUUUGCUAGAGGCAGGACGAGCAUUACAUCUACUACGCCGUGCUGCUCCGGACGGACAUCCUCUUCUUUCCUUGAACGAUCAUACAUUGCGAAACAAGAGACAAGGAUUGAGAUUGCCGGGCUGGUAUGCUAGAAAUGCAGAUACACCUCAUCGACAAGCAGAGGCAGACAACGCUCUCAUAGAGACGAUUCGAGCUGCGAAACGAGAAAUAGCUGCAUGGCGACGAUACAAAACGCUAAUAGGUGAUUCUGGCGCAGAUAGAACGGCUAGUACGGGUAUGAAUAUGCUGGUUGCGAAUCAAGCUAAAAAGGAAGAGAGCAAGCCAUUCUCGUGGUCUUCGAUCGCGGAAGGUUUGAAUGAUCGAUUGGCCUCCUUCGAUCUAGAGCCAGCCACGAAUAAUGAGCAAACAUUCGAUGCUGAAAUAGACACUCGAUCUGAAGAUGGUUUAUCAGCCUUCGUUGACACACAACUAGAGGAAUACAAUUGGCAACAUCAAUCCGUCGCAUCUCGAACUACUUCAAUGCUUCUUUCUCCUAUGUUGCAAUGGUCACGCUUGGUCAAUGCAAGUCUUGUUUCGGUCUUCUUUCGAGAUUUGCAUCUGGGUGAAUAUCUAGAUGUUUGCAGGCAGUUCUUGCUCUUAGGGGAUCAAGCUUUUGCAUCGCGCAUCGUUGAGGUUAUAUUUGAUGAUGGCUCAAGUAGACAGAAGAGUGAUACAGCUCUUGAUCUGCUCGAUGGAGUCGGAUUGAGCCCUCUUUUGCGUUCUGACUCAUCAUGGCCGCCCGGGGGAUCAGAGCUGCCGAUCGCACUCAACACUACCGUUCUUGAAAGUAUCGCAAAUGCAAAGAUGAUGAAUUCCAAGCGAUAUGGCAAACAUCUCUUCAAAAAGUUUAUUGAUGGACGUCUAAAUGCUGACGAUAAUCGUGGCGCAGAGCAGGCAUAUUUGGAUCUAGAUGAUCGCUUAAGCUUUGCUAUCGUCAAGCCGGAUGUUGGAACAAGUGCUUGGCAUGAUCGUCAAUCCAUCGAUGCCCUUGAUUGGUUGACUAUAUCGUUUCGACCUCCUCCUUUGGUGGCGCCAUUGAUCACUCUGCAAACCCAAACAUCCUAUCAGAGAUUGUUCAGACAUCUCUUGAGACUGAUGCGGGUGGAUAUUGUUUUAAAAGGUAUCUUUCGCAGGCUGAUGGCACGCUCACAGUCAGUGGGCGGAUUACCAAAUUGGAUGGACGAUGGAGAUAUCGAACGAGCGUCAAGGUUACAUUUUGAAGCGAAUCAUUUUGUUUCGGUUUUAUACCGUCACUUUAGCGAUUUGACCCUUGCACAAAGAUGGAAAACGUUCAGGAAUCGAUUGAACGGGCUUUUUCGUUCUGCAGAAACACAAGAUGACGAAAUGAACGAUGGGGUCGAGAAGCUAUCAAAUCGGGGUACUCUUCAAGAUCCUUCUGACGACACUUUGAGCUUUAUGGACAAUGCUUCUGAAUUUGACGCUGAUGGCAUUGCAUCUUCCGUCAUGGGCGAUAAUGUGACGGAAGGAGGAGGCGGAGAAGGAAACGAGAAUGCGUCUCAAUUCGAUCUGAAAGACGUUUUUAGUAUUGCCACCUAUCAUGAGCGAACAUUGGACCGAAUGCUGGAUGGAUGUUUCUUGAAAGCGAGACAGAGAGCGAUCAUGACAAUCAUUCUCGAUAUGUUUAAUAUCAUCUUAUCAUUCGGGCAAUUGCUGCAGCCAAAGGAUACUGAUGAUGAAGGAGAAUUGAGAAUGUAUUCGGAUCAAGAAAAGAUGAAUACGAGUGUUCUCGACGGAUUGGAAGCUAGCAAAAAGCUAUCCACUUUGCUAGCACGUUUUCAAAGCAAGUCUCGGUUAUUGUUACAUGCUCUGGAGUUGAUUGGUCAACGUGCGAUGAAUCGCGAUACGGUGACGACGAAUGUCGGUAGCAUAUCAUUGCAGCGUUUGAAGGUGUCCAAUGAUGCCAAUCAAUCUUCUACGAAAUCAAAAUCAUCUUCAUCAUCUGUUGCAAGCUCUGGUCGGUCGAAAAAGCGAAAUUCUGCUUCGAAUGCAAGACAUGCUGCUAUUGAUGCAGAGAUUGCCAGACAAGAAGCGGAAAUGAGAAGAGAUCUAGAACAGCUAGAAUCAAGCGAAAGGAAAGAAAGUAUGGGAGAUUUAGAAGUUAUUCAAGCUUUGAUAACAGCAUUGCGUGGGAAAUGAAAAGAUGUAUUAUAGCAUUCAGCAUUUGUAUAUUUAUUCACAAUGUUGUCAGUAUUUGUCUGAG